UGUACAAUUUCUCAUUGAAAAUUGCCUCAGGAUAUUUGGAGAAGACAUCACUUCCCUCUUGGGCGAGAACUCAAUGAGUCGUGGUAACAGCGAGAAGGCUGCAGACUCCGGCCCUAUGACUGUGACAAGCCGUUCUUUCAGAGCCAGGGCCUUUUGUCGGGGUUGCAGCACUUGUAGGCACACCCAGUGCACAGCCCCACCUUCCGCAAAGCCAGUACAGCUCUUUGGAGUUUCGCUCAUGGAUAUGUGUUAUAAAGACAACCUUCCCUACCCAAUUCUGGAUAUGCUUUCCUUUAUUAAUCAAAAAGGGCCCCUCACAGAAGGCAUAUUCAGCAAAUCAGCCAAUAUAAAAUCCUGCAUGGUCCUAAAGGAGAAACUAAAUUCUGGGGUCAAAGUGAACCCGUACAGCGAAUCUGUUCAUGUGGUCGCAUCCGUCUUAAAGGACUUUCUGAGAAAUAUCCAAGGAAGUAUAUUUUUAUCUGAUCUCUAUGACAAAUGGCUCGGUGUUAUUGAUCAAGGCAACAAAGAGGAGAUGAUAACGGCAGCCCGGAGGUAACGAUGCAUAAUUACUCUACUCUGGUCACAUCUCCAAAUAAUACCCAACAUACUAUGAGGAAAACAUUGGCUUACAUUUUGCAGCUUUGCCCACUAUAAUCAUGACCAACGCCAAAGUGUUUCAAUUCUUCACGCCCAUGGGGGCCAGCUCAGAAUAGAGGCACACUUUAGGGCUAUUAUUGUUCUUCUCCUGAUCUUAUUAAUGUGGACUCCUUGGCCGUUUUACACCUUCUGGAUCCAUGAAACUGGUAGACAAAAUUCCCUGGUCCAGGACAGAUCAAGAGCAACAACUGCCAGGGCUAUGACCUUAAAAGUCUGUCAGACAUUUAACCAACCAGGCAAGUGUGUAUCUGGCUCAGGAACUGAAUUCAGUGCAACAAUUUUGUAUACAUCCAUGCCUGGAACGCUGCUAGAGCGGGUUGUGUGCUAGAUAUACAAGGAUGUAUCCUGUUCCCUGUCUCUGUUUUUCCAACCUCCUAAGUGGAAUCACUUGCCUAAUUUAAAAGUGUGUUUUUCUGACCUUAGGCUUUUAGCCCAGCUGCCAAGAGCAAAUGUUGUUCUCUUGCGAUACCUUUUUGGAGUGCUAUACAACAUUGAGCAACAUUCGUCAUCCAAUCAGAUGAAAGCUUAUAAUUUAUCCGUUUGUAUAGCCCCAUGCGUUCUUUACCCACCUGAUUCCGAAAGCUUGGAAUUGGAAGACAACAUGAUAAAAAAGGUAAUGAGAGGUCUCAUUCUUGUCCCCCAGGGGGUAGAAUCCCUUCUUUGAACCGGACAUGUGCAGUAGUAACUCUGACGGAUGGAACUUUGUGAACUGCACAUUUUCAUUAGGCCCCUGUGGAAUGGCAGAGUUCUUUAUGCUACUCUGGCGGGGUCUGGAAAGGGGUGUCGUUAAACGGGAAACUCAGAGUGGUCGAGUCACUUCUUCCCUCUCCAGGAGACUAAACCUAGACUGACUAAAAAAGAGAUAGAAGAGUCGUGUGAUACGAUAGAAAAGAACCUGGGCUUUGGAGCUUCACCAGUCAAGGUUCAACUCUCAGCCUAAUCCCUGAGGGACUCGUAACCUUGGG